AUGAGCACCGGCGUCUCCCCGCUCCACGUGCAGGGCCUCCGCGCGCGGCUGAACCAGCUCCGGAUGCCAGAGCUCCGCAAUAUCCUCAUGGACCUCAAUUUGGCCCGCUCGGGGCGCAAACAAGAGCUCGUGGAGCGCAUUGCGAGAGAGCUCGAGCUCUUUGCCGACAAAGCUCGAGGCACGACGUCUGCUGCUUUUUACGCGGAUCGGCUGUCGUCCGGCAUGCGGAGCAUUGAGAUGCAGAUGAGGGGCCGGCCGAACUACACGCCGCAGCCUCAGGUGAUGGUGCCGAGCGACUACCGGGUGCCACAAGUGCCGAUUCGCUACGCGCCGAUGGUCUCCACGCCGCCACUGGACCGCUCGAUGCCUGUGCCAAUGUACGAGCGCACUGUCGCAGCUUGUGUGCCAAUGAUCUACCGAGCGGUGAACCCCGCGCCGGUGAGCACGGCGGCGAUCACGCCUACCAAUGGCGUGGAUCUGUACAGUCCAGCAAAGGCAGCGGCACUUGAUGGUGCACGGUGUUUUUGCACGAUCGAAGGAGCAUCUGGAAAGGUGGUCAAGUGUGUGGCCUGUGGCUUGGCUGUGCAUGCCAAGUGUCAUCAAUUGGUGACGCUGAGUGCCGAGUGGUACUGCGAGAUGUGUCGAGGCGACAGCUACGACCCGUUCUACCGGGUGCAAAAGACGGUGUUUGAACCGACUUUUGUGCGCUUUGCGAAGCCUGCAUGCUCUCUUCGACUUGAGUACUAUAUCGCAGACAAUGACCUGAACAACAUGUACGCUCAUCGGGAUCCGAAACCUGGGUCGAUGACACCGGGUUCCUUGGAGCUGCAGCUGCGGUGCUUUGCCGUGAAGGAAGAUCUUGCUGCAGGACACUGCUGGCCCCCGUCUACGCAACUCAUCAUAAACGGCUUUUGUGUGCCAAUCACACAGCGUGCCCCGCCAGGCCAUGCAAACCCUUCGAAAGUUCUGCGAGAGUUGCCAGCGAACAUCUUCCAGUACUCCCGAGUAGGACGAAACGUGAUUGAUAUUCGAACAACUGAGCACCCGUCCGUCUUUGAGUUCAUGGUACAGAUUGUAGAAGUACGCAACAUCGACGAUCUCGUGAACGAAGUGAAAGAAGCGUCGGAGAGUUUAACGUAUGAUCUCGCGAAGCAAGAAGUGAUCAAGUCGUUUGGUAGCGAAGACGAAGACGACGUUGUUGCCACCGUCACGAUGCUGUCCGUCCGCUGUCCGUUGGGACUGUGUGUGAUCAACCUGCCAGCACGGGGUGUGCACUGCAAGCAUUUGCAGUGCUUUGAUCUGAGAACGUUUUUGCUGUUUAGUAAGAAAGCGCGGUCGAAGGCGUGGCGGUGUACAGUGUGUUAUCAAUUUAUAAAGGCCGCAGAUUUGCGUAUUGAUCCAUAUUUAAAGCAGCUUCUUGCUGACGUUGAAGGCGAAGAUGAAUUGGAGGAAGUCGAGAUCUUUCCGGACGGAUCAUGGAAACGGAGGCAAGAGGAAGAAAUGGUGUCCGAGCCCCAGGUCAAGAAAGUCAAAAUGGAGCCUACAGAAGUUACCACCUUGCCAGCAGAUGUCAACUCGACUGCUGCAGCACUAGCGACAAUGCCCGACACUCCAUGUGGACCGCCUGGGUCAACUCUGAAUGCACCAGUGGAGAUCGAUUUAUUAUCCAGUGAUGACGAAACUGAGGAAGACGCAGCACGAAGAAACACGUCAAGUGCUGUAGCUAUGCCCGCAGCUGCACCGGUAUUUGCGCCCACACCUGCGCCACUGCUGUCGCUCGAUGACGACAUCGACAUUUUGACCGUGAGCAGCGACGUGUGGGACACGCCAUCGACACGAGCGUCGAGCAACACAACGAAUGACGGCAAUUGCGGCGAAUACUUUCCCUUCCCGCUGGACGAAAACUUGUUUCCCGCCACUGGUGCGGCCGCCAGCGCCGCGAGUGCAACGACUUCGUCGUCGUGGAUGUUCUCCGUACCUGCCAGCACGAUUGUAAGCAGUAUGCCGCCGCCAACAACGGCCAUGCUCGUGCCAAGCGUGCCAACGCCUCCGGACGUCUUGAGCCGGGCCGAGUUGAAUCUAGCGAGCUCUAUGGCUUCGUUAUCUCGGAACCACAACGUCAGUAACCCGUUCGACGAGCGCAAACGACGUCCCGCACGGCCACUUCCGACAGCCGCAACGGCGUCAACAAGCGAUAUGGAUAUCAUCUGCUUACUAGACAGCGACAGCGACUGA